AUGUCGGCAAGUAUUUGUUUGGCAGAUUUACCAAAUGACCCUUGCGCUAAGAAAAUACAACCAAAUGUAGACAAGUGCCUAUUGGCCAAAGUGCCCGAUUAUGACCCUGAUAAUACAAAUCCAAAAUAUUACUGUUGUAUUACUUGGAUAGCUAAUGAUUGCUACGAAUCAGUUGGCAAAACAAAAUGCUCUAGCUCGAAGUUAAAAACUAUGGAUCAAUUGCUUGACAAUAUGAAGAAAGUGUAUAAUGAUGGACAAUGCAAAGUGUACCCAUAUCAGGCUAAUUUAAACAAGUGUGCUAAAUCGUAA